GAGAAACGUCAUGGAGACAACCUGCGAUGUCAACCUCCGGCAGGUUCAACAUUUUACAACACCACCAUAAAAUUACCCGUGUCCUUCUUGGUGUUUAAGCGGUGAAAUUCCAUCCAGGACCAUAUGUGUGAUUAUCAUAAAGAGAAAAUUUAUCGUUAUCCACUCUCGCGAAGACAUCAUUCAGUUUGAUCAAAAUCCUGCAAGCAAAGAUAUCAUGGAGGCCAACAGUGGUACUAAAAUCGGUAACUUGAUGGAACCGUCAGAAAAUUCAAUGGCAGGCGAUGCAACUACAAAUGACGGCGGUGAUCAGAAGAACAUGAGUAGUUGUAGCCUGAUAGACCAUUUAGGAGCGACAAAGUCUUGUUCUAUGUUGUCCGGGUUCAGUUCCAAUAGUUCUUGCGACGGGUUCGACGCUGAAGGAUCUGCACGUAAGAUGUGACGGGGUUUCGUUCCCCCCCGGGUGGCGGGGCGCCAAGGGGUCGGUCGAUAAAAGAGUUCGAAGAGCAACUGUCCAGCCUCAAGAAGGAGAACUUUGAUCUCAAGCUUAGGAUAUACUUUUUAGAGGAAAAGAUGGGCGUCAAGUUCACUUUCGACAGGGACAACAUAGUGAAAACGAACGUGGAAUUACAGGUAGAAUUAGCAAAUUUGAAGAAAGAAGUGCAAGAAAAGCACGAACUGCUGUGUCAGGCAGCUAGAGCUCUAGAAUUAGAAGAUGAUGAACAUAAAAAAUACAUAGCUAGUAAGGAGCAAGAACUGAACAUGUGCCAGCAAGAAUUGGAAGAGCUCAGACUGCAAUUGCAGGAAGGAAAGUUUGAUUCUGACGGCAUGUCAAUAAAAUCCGAUACGACUGGUUUCUACAGCGGCAGAAAUUUCAGCAACGGCUACUUGACUUCUGAAUUGCUCGAAAAGAUCAAAAUAUUGGAGACGGAGUUACAUUUAGAAAAAGAAAACAACGCGGCGCUUCAGCUGCUGGUAGGGCAAAUAGAGAGUAUUAAGAAUAGGAACGAGAAUUUAACAAAGGAGUUGAGAGAAAAAGAAUCCAUCAUAAAACAUCUCCACGAUGAAUUGGAAUCUGCAAAUGAACGGAUCAUCGAUUUUGCCAGGCAGCUGAAAAACUUCGAAGAUCUUCAGAUACACUUAGAAACAUAUAAAAAGAAGUACAAUUUGGCAAGGGCCGACCUGGAGCGUACCGAAAAAAUGGCCGAACGAUCCAAGGCGAGCCGCGACGUUCGCAUAACCGAGCUGGAAGCCGAGGUCCAAACGCAGCGGGCCCAUUCACAACGUCUACAAAGGGAGCUGGAGCAGGCCAGGAGCGAGAUCCACAGGAAUCAGAACAUCGCGGUGGAUAACGAUGACAGGGUUUCGAACGCAACAGCACGUCAACGAGCUCAGGAAGCGGACGUACCAUAUGUACAAGUAGAAAGAAGCGAUAGCGGUAGUAGCGGUUCUGGCCACAAGCGGUCGGCCGCGGCUGCAGGAGGGUCCAGGCAAGGUGGCAGCAGCGUUGAGGACGAAUCGUGCCAGCCUGCUGAGAAAUCCGACCAAAUUUGCUGUGACAACGACACCAUGAAAAAUAAAUAUUCCGCGUUAAAAUUGAAAUUCCUGAAAAUGAAAACUGAGCAGAUGAAAGCGUGCGAGAUUAUCAAAAGCAUGAUCAAAGCUAGAGACAGAUCAAAUGAGGAAAUUGCAACGCUGAAGAAUAGCGUCAAAGAAUUAGAACGACAACUAGAGUCCGUCGUGUCCAAACCACUGUGCGAAAGAGAGAUCGUGAAGGCAGGAAACCACGUUGUUGUAACGAAGGAAGAAAAUGAUGCAGCUCAACUAGAACAUGGGAAAUCGGACAGCAACCCAGACAAUAUGGACGUUGUAGAACAAUAUAGAAUCUUGACAGACGAGCUAGAAAAGAAGAUAGAGGUCUUGGUAGCUAUAAUGAAGGAAAAAGACGCAAAAAUGGCAAGAAUGCGAGAAGACCACCAGGAAAUCCUUACCAGCUUAGAAGAUAAAGAAAUCCGCAUAGUAGAUCUUGAAUUCGAACUUUUAUCUUCAAAACCAGAUAACGUCUCAGAUAACGUGUCAAUUUCAGAAAAAGCUGACACCAGCACGGAAAAACAUAGCAGCUUUUACAGGCAAGAGCUUGAAGAAAAAGAUAAGGAAAUCGAACGGCUAUCCGAGGAGCUCAGAAAAUGCACCUGCUACUUGCAAGAAAUUGUCAACAAAGAGCUGUGGGAGAAAAAUAAGGAAAUCGAGAAGCUGCAUAGCAGACAAGCGAAUUCUCCCGAAGUUCAAAAACUCAAAAAAGAUCUGCACGGCAAGGAAAUGCAGCUGAAGUUGCUGAAAGAGAAGAUAUCCGAGUUGGGAUUGGACAUUGGAAUUCCUAGCGAGGAUUUGAAGGAUGUUGCCUCUCCAACAAAACAAUUCAGCCACAUAAAGAGUCUUCAAGAACAGCUGAAGGCUGCUAAAGAAGAAAGAGACUAUUUCAAGUCAAAGUUCGACGAACUCGAAGAUCAAAACCAGACCGAAAUAAUAAAAUCACUCCAAGAAGACUUGCAGAAGUCCGAAAACCUACGUAGAGAUUCCAACGAACUGUGCUCACUGCUGAACGCUAGGCUCGAAGAACUGGCAGCAUUUUUGGAUUCAUUGCUGAGGCAAAAGUCAAUUUUAGGCUUCCUUGGUAUUCACAAAGAGAAGAAACUACGGGAAAUCAUCAGCACCAGCUUGGAUCUGUCCAAAUCCUUCUCUAGUUUCAUAUACAACCCCGACCAAAGCUUAGCUCAACUUUCUAACAUAACCUGUCUGCUCAACGCGUCUGCCUUCCAGGAGUUGAGCAUCGAUAAACCUCAGGAAGGCGAUAGUCUGAAUGAAAGCACGAUUAACUAUAGUAUUAACCCAGCUAAUGUUACUUUAACCUAUUCCAGUCAAUUGUGCAAAGCCAACACAAAUUCAGACCCCGAUACAGAGGCCCUCGUGUCCGCCUUGAGACAGCAGAUUGUCAACUUGCAAUCAGAGCUGAAACUCAGGGAUAACGAACUUAACAAGUUGAAUCACACGUGCGUCAAGCUUAGCGACAAGACCACUGAGACUGAAAAUGAGAUUUCGACCUUCAAUUUUUCGAAAUUGUUCACCAGCCCUUCGAAAUCCACUUCGACGACGCUCAAAAGGCGGAACACGGGGGAUCAAUGCACCUCGUGUCAGUCGGAAUCCGAAUCGUGGUCGGAGCCUGACAGGACCAUUUCUAAAGCCAGAAUCGGUCUCAAUAACUUGGCGCGCAAGGAGAAGCAUUACAUGAGCGAGUCUACGGAAGAAGACGAAUGCAUAGUGACGCCGCCUGCCAAAAACAAAGAUCAACUUUUGGAGGAAAUCAGACAGAAGUCGCAGCGAGUGCAAGAGCUGGAAGAAAAAGUGAAGAACGCCCAGCUCGUCCAGGAAAACCUGGAAGCGACAAUCGCGACCUUAGAAAAUCAACUGCGACAAGCCGAACAAACUAACGCAACGCGCGAGAAAACAAUCGAAGAACUUUAUAAGAAGAUCGAAGAUCUUUCAACGACUAAGCAGCUUCUGGAAGAGUCGUCUUUGAAGAAGGAUAAAGAACUGCAGGAUCUGAUUAACCAGUUGCAGGUUGAAAAGGACGAAACUCAGAAGCUAGUGUCGAAAGAAGUUCAAAGCGUCAUGGAUCAGUUACGGAAAGAAUACGAGCAGUACGCUAUCGAGAAACUAAAAGACGCCGAAGGCCAGUUUCUGGUAAAGUUGAAACAAAUGGAAGACGAGGCGGAAAAAGACUUCCUGAGGAAGCUCGAGGAAGUCGAAGACGGAGCUAACCGAAUGGUAAACGAUAUCAAAGAACAGUACGGCAGGGACUACGUGAAGAAGAGCGACGUCGAGGCCAAAUUGAAAGAGUUGGACGCUAUAGUCAGCGAAUUGGACGAGUUGAAAGGUAUCGUCAAGAAGUACGGGGAUACCAUUGAGGCGUACAAAGCUAAGGAAAGCGAGAUGGGUACGAGGAUGGCGGAAAAUCAAGACAAAAUUCACGCGUUGAGGAAGGAGUUGGAUGAUACCACGCUCAAGUACUCGGAAGCGGUGCUCGAGAAAACUCAUGUGGCUAACGAGAAGACGGCCUUAGAAAAAGAACUGCAGAGGUAUCAAGCGAAAGACGCAGAGUUUAAACAACAGAUGGAAAAUCUCCGUUCCGAAUUCGAAAAUGUGAAUCAGAACUUGCAACAGCAAGUGUGCCAGUUGCAGGCGCAAAAGUCGAAAUUGGAAGUGAAAAUUAGCGAAUUGGAAAAUGUCAACGCCGAAAUGAAGAAUAAAUUGGUGCGAUUGCAGCUAAACCAAGAAGAAUCCAACAUCUCAAUGCCCAACAUCGGCGCCAGAAACAUGACCCUUCCCUUGUACCGCCGCCACUACUCCGAGGACGAGUCCUUCAACAGGCCGAUGAUCGCUCCAGGCAUGCAAAGGGUUGACCUUGAAAGGCAGGAGGCGAACUCUUCUCCGGAUUUGGGCAUCGAAAGCGACCACGGACGUUUCUCCAGCUUGGAGACGCAGCAAUCGACGAGGCCUUUGUUGCAGACCAUCGAGUUGACCGAGUCUAUGAGCAAUCUGUUGGACGGGGAACAUCCGCCUGUUGGACCGGUUGGAGACUGCGGUGUGGAACAUUGCUGUCAGAAAGCGUUAGAAACCAUGCAAGAAAACAGCGAUCUCAAACGGAAGCUUCUCCGAAUGCGCAGAUCGCUAGAAGAGACUGCGAAUCAGUUAAAUCUAGCAAAUCAACGUAAAAAGCAAGUGGAGAAGACUAUCUGCAAGCAAAUCCACAUGACAAGUCAAGUGUUACGGAAAGCAAAAGCCAAUUUGGACUCGGGUUCUGAAAGUGACAUGUUGACUAAGAUGUAGACACUUUUCUUUGUGCCCUUUUAACAGGUGUUUUCUGCACUUCUGAAUCUUUUAGUUUUUAUGCUUUUUUGCCAUUGACGUCUUUGAUUUUUUUUUUAGAUAAUAACUGUCUGGAUUUAGGGUUGCAUAUUCCAUUGAAUCGUUUCAAUCUCAAUUCCGAUCAUUUCCUGGAUGUUUUUCAUCACCCCAAACCGUCCUCCAUAUAAUUUCACCUAGUUUACAUUUUCCAUCAAAAAUUGACAUUUUCGUUAAGUUUCCACUUUAGAUCACCUUAUGGAUAGAAAAAAAAUCUGCUAACUAUCCUUCUUUUUUUGAUCAGAUUUUACUCCAACUGACCUUUCAUGUAUUGGCUGCUCUUCACUACCAUUAAGAUUUUUUAUACAAAUUUUUUUAUCCUAUACAUAUUUCCGCGAGGGUUUAAUUUAUUUUUCUCCAGAAUAACAAGAAAUUUUGGCCUAAUGAAUCAAACUCGAAUAACACAUAGUAAUGUACAAAAAUCCAAGUUUUAAACUAGUGACUUAAGUUUUGUAUUGUACAUUUUUUGUAAUAUAGUACACUUAAUAUUUUUUAAACUGACUGGAAAUGUGAUAUUCUGUGUCUGUUGUGCCAACAAAUGUAUAGUUUGUGUUUUAUUUUUCAUGGUUGACUGUUAUAAAUCAACUUUGAUCUGGUCAGUUUCGAAACAGUAUUUUUGUGAUAAGAUGUAUAUUUUUGAAAAUCUCUGUAUAUAUUUGAAGACUCACUACAUUUCUGAUUUUUUAUACA